GUUCAUGGAUGCUGCCGGUGAAGUUAAACGCAAGUUAUGUGAUGAACACAGAACAUUUCAACAGUCAUGGGAGGAAGAAUUUGCUUUUGUGGAGGUAAAUAACAAGCCAGUGUGCCUUCUUUGCCAGAAACAGUCCAUUCCACAGUUCUGCACCUUAGUUGAAGAAUAUGGCACACAAUAUGAAGACCUGACGCUGCACGCCGCAGGGCGAUGGCUGAGCAGAGGCAUUGUACUGGAGAAGUUUGUGGAUUUACUGCUGGUGAUUCGAGCCUUCACUGCGCAGAGAAAGCAUACCGAUCUGUAUCAUGUCAACGAUGAGAAGUUUGCACUGGAAGCGGUUUUUCUGGUUGACACAACCAAGCACCUGAACUCCCUAAAUUUGAAGCUCCAGGGGAAACAACAAAUUGCUGCCUGCCUUGGUGAAUGAUGUUUCUGCUUUCAUGGAGAAGCUCUCUCUUUAUCAAGACCAUGGUGACAAUGACUUCACACACUUCCCAAACCUACGUUCACAGGUUUCUUGAGGAAAAAGAAAAGGAGGCCAUGGAAGCAGAACACACGGAGGACAUUGAGUCUCUCAUGGAGGACAUGGACUACAUCCCAGGUCACUUCCACCUGGAGCUGAAUCUUAACUGUGAUCCUGUUGGACCUGUGAAGCUUCGACAUCGGGACACUUACCUGAAACAGGAGAGUCUGCGAACUGAGCUAGAGGCUGAAGUUGGAUAUCUUCAGUACGCUGUCAGAAAUCUUCUGGGCCUGCUGGCUUUUCACCUUGAACAGUUGGAGACAGCUGAGGAAAUAUUCAGGAGUAUUUGUAAAGAGGAUCCUGGGAACCUCAACGCCUGGGCCAACCUGGGCUACGUGUACGACAAGCUGGGGAGAGAGCUGGAUGCAGGAGAGUGUGUGGAUAAAGUGUCUCACCUCAUGGGUUUAGAUGCUGGAGAGGCCUGUCAGGAGGAAAGCAGACUGUUGGCUGCUCGCUGCCUGGCUGAACAGGCCUACGUUUAUCCGUACGAUGUGGAGCUGGACAGCGAGGAUGACCUGAGAGAGAGACUAAUGGCAGCACUGACGCUUUACAACAGAGCCCUGGAUUAUGGAGGUCAUCUGAUACCAACAGAGGAAAAACGAAGCUGGUAUUUUAAAAUGGCAACCAACUAUAUAAGACUGGACAACAUAGUAAAGACCAAAGAAGAUUCUGAAUACUCCAGACUCUCUCAUUACAAUAAGGGACUCAGACUUCUCAAAGAAACUCUGGAAUCUGAGAAAAUGCAGCACAAAGCUCUAGCCUGGUGUUAUGUUGGCAUCAUGUUGGAGAGGAAGGAUGAGUUUUCCUCUGUGCCCAUGUCGAUACAUGACUGUGGCUUCUCAGCCUCGGAUCCUUUGUUCUGCUAUGGAACGGCCAUAAAUUUGGCCAAUAAGGAUGCAUUCGUCCUGAACCUUCUAGCCAAGGUCUUCUUUCUGUUGGGCAAACAUGAGAUGGCCACAGGGAUCUGCAACAUGGCCCUGAAUGUGCUGCCAGACCCAGAGCUCAACUGGCAGGCUUACUGCACCCGCGCCAAGAUCAAUAUGAUCCUAUAUGUCAGGGACCUGGACAAGGCAAAGCAUGGGGAAGGUGGAAUACCUGACCGACAGAAGCUAACUGAGGCUAGAAAAGACUUGGACAAGGUGCUCAGUGUGCGUCCAUGUCUGCGGACUUAUCUAGAAAUGGCACAGGUGUACUACUACAUGGGUGUAGACGCACUCCAGGAGAGCCUGUUAGUAGAUGAGAGUGCAGUGAACAGUGCUUUGGUGAGGAUCUCUCAUGCUCUACAGUUUGAGCAUGCCGAUAGUCUGCCAGACCUCCACGUGCUCAGAGGACGUUGCCUCCUAAUGAAAGGUGAGCAGCAGAAUGCUGCAGACUGCUUCAAACAGGUCGUGGAGUUGGAGAGACCAGGGAGCAGAGAUGCCACAGCCCUGCGCUGCCUCCUACAGGCCCUCCUGGCUCUGUUCAUGCAGGGAGGCCCUGAUCCCAGCUCUGCCAUCACCCAGCUGGAGCUGUGGGUGCACAAGGCAGAGGAGAGGUAUCCUCAGGACGUAGUGAAGGCUGAGCUGAAGUACCUUUACAGGACACACACAGCGGAGGUCACGGAGUUAUCCAGGGCUCUGAUCAAUACAGGACGCCUGGACCUAGUGAGGAGGUUGCUGCAAACAGUGGUGCCAAAACAGACGGCUAAGAAGAGACCAGUGACUAGAUCUGUCUCAUAUACCUGAAGCAAUAGAUAGAUAAUAGAUAGACAGAGUCACAACACGGCUCAAGGCUGGACACUGGAGGCAAGAUUACAUGUGAGCUGUAACUAAGCAUAAGUUUAUUUUACAGAACUAAAUGAGAAAUUAUCCAAAGAAAAGGUAAACAAGGUGGAAGCCAGAGAAGAGAGAGCUGGACUGGCUGACUGUUGCCACCCUACAUAUGUGAGCUGAAUGUCCACCACAGCUUGAUACCCCCUACCACAUCAGACAAAUAGUGACUCAUUAACUUCCUGACACCAUUUCACAGAUUUAAAUGAACAGCUGUCAUUAAAUACUGUCUCUAACUAGGUAUGCUUUCUAAACUGUGAUGCUUCUGGACAACAUGUAGAAAUGAAAGAACUGUCAACUAUCAUUUGUUAGUAGAGCUGCUUUGGUUUAUGGAUCUAUAUACACUUCUGUUCAAAAGUUUGGGGUCAUCCAGGCAAUUUCAUGUUUUCCAUGAAAACUCAGACUUUUUUUUAUUCAUGUGCUAACAUAAUUGCACAAGGGUUUUCUAAUCAUCAAUUACUCUUUCAACACCAUUAGCUAGCACAAUGUAGCAUUAGAACACAGGAGUGAUGGUUGUUGGAGAUGUUCCUCUGUACCCCUAUGUAGAUAUUCUAUUAAAAAUCAGCCCUUUCCAGCUAAAAUAGUCAUUUACCACAUUAGCAAUGUCUAGACUGUAUUUCUGAUUAAUUUAAUGUUAUUGUCAUUGAAGAAAAUGUUUUUCUUUCAAAAAUAAGAAAAUUUCUAAACUUUCGAAUGGUAUUGUAUAUAUGCUCCUGCAUGUAGUUAUAUUUAUUGGCUGUGGUGGGGAUGCACCUUUGGCUCUCCUGCAGGGAUCAUUUAAACAACUGCCACUCAAAGUAGCUGUCAAAUGAAUAGUUGCACCGCUAUUAUACGGACUUUGAGAGAUUCUGACAUUAAUGGUCCUGUUGCUGCUACAGUAGUAACCAAACACUACUGCUCUCUGAGUGGAUGCUCUGCUAUUGAUCACCAGCAGAUGAAGGAAUAUCCCAGUUAGGUGUUGCCUUGUUAUGAAAGGUUCUGUUUUUGGUGCAAAAAUGAUUUUGCAAUCUGUGUUUGUGCGUAGCACGUGAAGGGGUUAAAAAUAAAAGUCAAUUCAAUUCAA